ACUGCCACAGGGAGCUGUUCAACACUGCUGGAAGGGGCUUUGUUUUCCUUGUGAAAAUUGAUAAUUUGAUAAAAACGCAAUAAGCAAGUGCAAUCCAAUUCUUCUAUAAUGGGAGCUGUCCUAGGACUCUGUUCCGCCGCCCAGUGCGCUAUGUGCUGCGGCGGCACUGCUGCCAGCAUGUGCUGCUCGGCCUGCCCCAACUGCACCAACUCCUCUUCCUCGCGUUUCAUGUACGCCUUCAUGCUGUUGGUGGGCACCAUCCUGGGAGCCAUUGCCCUCUCUCCGGGGCUGCAGGAGACCCUGAAGAAGAUGCCCUUCUGCAUCAACUCUACUUCCACGUACAGCGCCGGUGCCCUGAGCACCUUCUCCGGAGGAACCUUGCAAGCUGACUGUGACUUCGCCCUGGGCUAUAUGGCUGUUUAUAGGCUUUGCUUCGGAUUGGCCUGCUUCUUCGCGUUGAUGGCUCUGAUUAUGGUGGGGGUGAAGAGUUCAAGAGACCCGCGAUCCAGCAUCCAGAACAACUUUUGGCCCCUGAAGUUUUUGAUCUGCUUUGGAGCUGCCAUUGGAGCCAUCUUCAUUCCGGACGGGUCCUUUGGCCCCUCCAUGAUGUGGGUAGGUCUUAUAGGUGGUCUCGCUUUUAUUCUCAUCCAGCUGGUGAUUAUUGUGGAUUUCGCUCACACCCUGGCGGAGAACUGGAUAGAGAGUGCCGAAAACAGCCGCGGGUAUUAUUAUCUACUAGCUGGGGCCACUUUGUUGUGCUAUAUCUUAUCGUUGACUGGGAUUACACUGCUCUAUAUCUACUUCACCACUUCCACCGCUUGCGGCAUCAACAAGUUCUUCAUUUCCAUAAAUUUGAUUCUUUGCGUGGCCAUUAGCGUGAUCUCGAUCUUGCCGGCUGUUCAGGAGCGUUUGCCUCACUCUGGACUGUUGCAGAGCUCUUUGGUUACCCUGUAUACGGUUUACUUGACUUGGUCUGCUGUGGCCAACAACCCGGAGAAAGAAUGCAAUCCCGGCAUGUUUGGGCUGAUGGAGAGCUUUAGCAACGCCACCACCACUCCGGCCCCAUCGACUCACAACUCCAAGGUUACUUUCGAUACCACCAACAUCAUCGGUUUGGUUGUGUGGCUGCUGUGCAUUCUGUACAACUGCAUCAGCUCGGCAGUGGAGGUGUCCAAGAUUACCCAUGACAACAGCGAGAAGCGUGUUUUAACAGAAGCUCUAUCAGACACAGAGGCUGGCACGGAUGCCAACGGAAAGUCCAACACCGACACCGAGACCGAAGGCGUCUCCUACUCCUGGUCCAUGUUCCACAUUGUCUUCGUGUGCGCCUCGCUCUAUGUUAUGAUGACCCUGACCAACUGGUACCAACCCAACUCGGACAUUAAGCUGUUUAACGCCAAUGAGGCUUCCAUGUGGGUAAAAAUCAUCUCCAGCUGGCUGGGCGUUUUCAUUUACGGCUGGAGCUUGGCCGCCCCAAUUGUUCUCACCAAUCGCGACUUUAGUUAAGCGAUUUAAAAAUAGCGAUUACUAUCUAUAGGAGUGGUGCUUAACAAAGCAAAUCGAGAAUGGCCAAACGGAACCGAAAGAGCAGAUAGUUUUGAAACUGACGAAGAAUAAUCAUACAUAAUUUUGCCUCUUAGUGUGGUGUCUACUCAUUGAUCUUAUUCUCAAAUUGCAACAGUUACAGUAUAUAUAUUAAAUGUAAAUCUAUAAACACUUAAACAAUAUAACUAAACUUAACCAAAUCAA